AUGAACGUCUUGAUGUCCGACACCCUGAUGUGGACUUUGACAAACCUUGGCCAUCCGUCGCAACCCAACGUCUCUUCAGGAUCCAUCAUUUCCUCGUCUUCCAACCCAUCCAACUCUCACCUUUCGCAAGACUCUUCACUGCCAUCUAUGUCUGAGCCCGUCAAACGAAAACGAGGCAGACCUCCUAAAAAGCUGGCCCAGCAGUUUCCUACCAUGACGCUUCAGUUUUCCACAUCAACGGAUUCCUCCAGCCCGACAGCAGAGCUGAACUCCAACUUGAUGGUUCGAAUGGGUGAGCCUGAUUCGUUCACCCCGCUCAUGAAAGUAUCUCCAACCAUACAUCACAAGAAACGCAGACGGAAGAGCAGUGUGUCCACUGUGGACAAUGAUCUGCCAGAAAAACGCCGGGAAAAAGACUCUGAGAUGCUUACGCCGAUGUCUACAUCCUCGGUAACGUCUUCUUACUCACGCUCCGGUUUCCUUGUCAACGCCACAGCCUUGGAUAACAUUUCCAUGAUUACGGGGUCUGGCAAUAUUCCUCACCAGCCAUACAACACUCCGCCUCACCUGCUGAUCAAGCCCACUUUCCCGCAUGUUGCAGGCUUGAUGAAUGGCUUUGGCGAUUCUGGAAGAGCAAUUGGGGACCCUAGAGGGGUGAAUCUCAGCACUCGAACGGACCUGAGGUCGAUUCAGAGUGCUGGAGUUACUGAUCUGGCUCUAGCAUCGUCGAAUUCGGAAGAACCAGCUCAAAAUUCUGCCAACGUGGCGGCCAACGCUGUUGAAUUGGGGGUUAAAGCUAAUUUGGGCAAUUUGGACAACUUGCAAAAUAGGGGAAAUUCAGAAAAAAUGGAAAAAUUAGGAAAUUUGGGAAACUUGAAGAAUCCUAGGACUUUUCGGAAUAUCAAGAAACCAUCUACUGAUGUGUCUCAGGGACUUCAUGACUUACAUGCUUUGAACAAGAUUAAUUCAAAGCGACACUCCAGGAGCCAAAACUCCGAUCCCUUUGAUGCUAAUAACUCCCAAGUACCUCAGGAAACAGGUCCAAGUGUUGCAGCUAAUGCUCUCCUGGUCAGCUUUAUCGACGACGGCUCCUUUUCGUUCCAAUUGAUUGUGGAUGAUCUGGGCCGUGCUACACUUUCAAAUCGUCCUGAGUCUGCAGUGGCUUCACCUCAGGAUAUUGAUCCCGUCGAAAUGGAGCCUAUCGCUGAGGAACCCCUCGAAUUGGAACCUCCUCCUAAACUCACUCAUGCCCACACCGCCCUAGGAAUUGAGACCUUAAAACCUGUGCAAUCGUCUGCCCCCAGCACUGCGAACUCGUGGAGAUAUGAGUCUAAACCUCUGACGGAUUCCAAAUGGGACCGUCAAAAUUCAGCUACUGUGAUGGACGACGGGACUGAAAAAUAUGUUGUCCCUCAGACACCAAAGGGUCGAGACGACUUCUACGUCGGCUACACUCCUAAGUAUGAUAACUCCGACUCGCUCGCAUACAAUCUUACUCCGCAGUUUAACUCCAUGAUGUACUCAAUGAUGAGUAUUAACUCGCCGCAACAGAAAAAAUUAACUUAUCAACAGCCAUUUUUGAGUUCUGAGGCUCUGAACGCCCACUUUGGCCGGACCAACGGAGCGUUGGCUUCCAGUAUUGACACGGAGUUGUUGGGUAACCGGCGAAAUGUAUGUGAGCCUACGGUUCAAAGCGAAUUGUCGUCCCCUGAUGAAGGAGACGCCCGUGCGGCAUUGAAAAAGGUUUUCCGGUUGAAAAGAGAUAUAUAG